AUGCCUGGACCAAAAGGGCCACCGGGACCACCAGGACAAGUACUCGAAAAGAUGGGACCAGAUGGGCCAACUGGCCCACCAGGUCCACAAGGUCCUCCUGGAGCAGCAGGCGUACCAGGGCCACAGGGUAUACCAGGUGCAGCCGGUCCACCUGGAGAACCGGGCGAUGCUGGAAUGCCAGGAAAACCUGGUAAACAAGGCGAACCUGGGAGACCUGGGCCCGACGGUGAAACUGGUGCAGCUGGAUCGUGUGAUCAUUGCCCACCACCACGGACCGCUCCAGGGUACUAG